UAAUUUGUUCAUGUGAUAGUGUAGCACGGGCUGCAUUACAAAAUGUCAAGCAAUUCAAUGGCAAAUUUGGCUGCAACUGGUGUCUACAUCCAGGGGAUAGAGUCGAGAAAGGUAAGGGAUAUGUUCAAGUAUACCCUUAUCAGGAAGAAGUAGCAGAACGCUGCCACACAGACAUGAUUGAAUGGGGACAAAACGGAGUGGUUGGUCAAAACUUUGGGGUGAAGGGGCCCACACCUUUGAUGUCACUGCCUUUUUUUGAUGUUGUCUCUGGAUUUAUUGUUGACUCCAUGCAUUGCAUUGAUUUAGGGGUGAUGAGACAACUGUCUACCUUGUGGUUUGAUAGUUCUUACCAUAGUGAGCCUUGGUAUAUAGGAACCAGAAUCAAUGAGAUAGAUAGGAAAAUGAAACAUUUUCAACCUCCAUCCAACAUCACAAGAUUGCCUAGAUCUAUCUUAACCAGAGCCUACUGGAAAGCCUCAGAAUGGCGUGCUUUUCUCUUAUUUUAUGCUCCAAUUGUUUUGAAAUCCAUUCUUCCAAGUAGAUUUCUUAAGCACUUCCUCCUUUUGUGCCAAGCAGUGUAUGUCUUGCAAACAACAUCCAUUACACAGCUGGAGCUUUUCUAUGCAUCUCAACACCUGAAUGAGUUUGUGUGUGAUUUUGAGACCUUGUAUGGUAGAUCCCACAUGACAUACAAUGUUCAUAUUCUACUUCAUCUUGGUGACAGUGUCAGAAACUGGGGGCCCUUAUGGUGUUACAGUGCAUACAGUUUCGAAGGGUGUAAUGGCUUUCUGUUGAAACUAUACAAUGGCACUCAAUCUGUACCCUUACAGAUAGUAACAUCUUUUCUCUUACUAAAACAAGUAGAGAGCACUGGCAAUAUGGUGAUGAUAAAUGUUCCACCUAAAGUAAGGCAGUUGUUUGACACAAUGCUAGAUGGCUAUAAUACAACUAAAAAUGCAAGAAGAGUGAACGGCACUGUGCUUUUUGGAAGGGGUUACUUCAGAGCUCUCAAUCUAUAUGAAAGGGAGGCUGUUGAACAACAAAUUGGAUACCCUGUCAAAGAUCAAGCUAUGUUUUACCACAAAGCAGUAGUUAACUCACAGAUAUUUCUAAGCAUUAAUUACAGAAGAAAACUUAAGAGGGAUAACACUCUGGUUAGGAUAUCUGAUGGCAGUGUUUGCCAGAUAGUGUCUUUUGCCAAUGUUAGGAGUCA